AUGCAUUCCACCUCAGCAUACGUCUUCUCCAACGACGCUCGCGCCACAGCGUUUCGCCGUGCCGUUAGAAGCAGAGUCGCUCACAGUCAAGAAUACGCAAUGCCUGGCUUAGGAGCCAGUGCUCAGGAAGUACAGAGAGAAUUUCUUAGGUACUGUGCAGAACAAGAUCAAGGUCAGAGCGACGGUGCCCAACAGGCUCCUCCACCAUAUACACCAUCCACCGACACCCAGGUUCCAUCAUCAGCCAUGUUGCCCCGGGAGAAUCAGGGUCCACCACCAUACACAUCUACUCCUACCUCCGACAUGACACCGACUGCGCGUUUGGACUUCCUGCUUUACAGCAAUACUUCCACCCCACCGCUGCCGCCGGAUUAUGCUGAAGCCAUCUCUGCACCACCACCACCACCACCACCACCACCGCGUUACGGGAAUGUCAUCUCUGCCCAUACACCAACGAGCAGUAGCAGAAACACAGACCAAAGAUUUUCUCAUCAACCCAUCAACAAUCUCUCCACAGGUUGCACAACACGCACACCCAAGAAACAAAUCCACAACAAAGCUAUCCAAGCACUUGAAGUAGUUGUCUUGCCUGGCAAUGGGAUUGAGGUAUCUCCCAAGUACUCAUCACCAAAGAAAACAGGAAUUUUGAGAAGGAUCAAGGAUAGAGUGUAA